AUGUUUUGGUCCUCGUGAAGAAAAGGGCCCCACCAGCACCUCCCAAAAUGGCCGAGGUCUCUGCCGAGGAAAAGCGGAAGCAGGAACAGAAGGCGCCCGACAAAGAGGCGAUCCUGAAAGCCACCACCAACCUCCCCUCCCACAGCGUGGAUCGGAGCGUGGCCCAUCACAACAUGAGAGACUUUCAGACGGAGCUUCGGAAAAUCUUGGUCUCACUCAUCGAAGUGGCCCAGAAGCUGUUAGCACUGAAUCCAAAUGCUGUCGAACUCUUCAAGAAGGCAAAUGCCAUGUUGGAUGAGGACGAGGAUGACCGAGUGGACGAAAUCGCUCUGCGCCAGCUGACCGAAAUGGGCUUCCCUGAGAGCAGAGCCAUCAAAGCCCUUCGCCUCAGCCACAUGUCUGUGACUCAGGCCAUGGAGUGGCUCAUCGAGCAUGCCGAUGACCCCACAGUCGACGCCCCCAUGCCAGGCCACGUCCCCGUGGAAAGCGCAGGCGAAGAAGUGGGGCUGGCCGUCCCCCAGGCAGUCAAUGGGGCCAGCUCAGCAGAGGAGCUGAAGGACGAGCUGACGGAAAUAUUCAAGAAGAUACGGAGGAAACGAGAGUUCCGUCCGGAUCCGCGGGUACUCUCCCUGCUCCGGGUUUUCCCACUCACC